AUGUCUGAAGGAAUGAAAGACUUGCAGAAUAAAAGAGAACAACUUAAACAAGCUGAAACCCUGCUAGCCACUAAUCUCACCAAUACACAUUAUGUAGCAGAGGUAAAAAGAUGUAAGGAGGAGAUACUGAAGACUAUGGAGGCUGAAGAGCAGAUUCUGAGUCAGAGGGCCAAAGUGAGUUGGUUGAAACUUGGGGAUGGAAAUAACUCUUAUUUCCAUGCCAUUAUUAAAGGGAAGAACAAAGCUACAGGUAUAACUGCUUUGGAAGAUCAUGCAGGGAAAACUUUGACUGAACCUAAAGAUAUUGAGGCUGAAGUGUUGAGAUUCUAUACAGAAUUGGUUGGCACUAACAGCAAUUCACUCCUCCACAUUGACAUUGACGCUAUGAGGAAAGGACCCCAACUACAAUAUCACCAUGCUGAGGCUUUGACUGCUCCUGUUACAGACCUUGAGAUCCUCCAAGCUUUGAAAAGUAAUGGGGAGAACAAAGCUCCAGGUAUAGAUGGGCAUAUUAACUGUGCUUUACUUACUCUCAUCCCCAAAUUUCCUGCUGCAAAACAUGUGAAGGACCUUAGGCCUAUUGCUUGUUGUACUACCUUGUACAAAGUGAUUUCAAAAAUUCUGACCAAUAGGCUUAGUAAAGUGAUAGACACUGUGGUAGACUACAGCCAGCCAGCAUUCAUCCCUGGCAAAAAAGCAUAUGAUACCCUAGAAUGGCAGGCGCUUGAGGAUAUCAUGAGAGAAAUGAGUUUUCCCCCAAAAUUCAUUAGAUGGAUUAUGCUCCGUGUCAUGACUGUAUCUUACAGGUACAAUAUUAAUGGGCAUUAUAGUGAUUAUCUCCCAGCAAAGAGGGGCCUUAGACAAGGUGACCCAAUUUCUCCCUUAUUAUUUGUGAUAGCCAUGGAGUAUCUCCAUAGAUGCUUAAGGAAAAUGCAGAAAAACCCUGCCUUUAAGUUCCAUCCAAAAUGUGGCAAGCUAGGUAUUGUUAACAUUUGUUUUGCUGAUGACUUAAUGCUCUUUACAAGAGGUGAUAAGAUUUCUGUUACACUAUUGAUGGCAACCUUCAAGGACUUCUCUGCAGCCACUGGUCUUAGAGCUAGUCCCACUAAAUGUAAAGUAUAUUUUGGGGGUGUGAGUGAGGAUGUUCAGCAGCAAAUUCUUGAUACUACUGGUUUUGCAGUGUUUCCUAUGCCUAAGUGUGUUAUCAAACACAUUGAGGCAGUAUGCAGAAGUUUCAAAUGGAGUGGUGGAGCCGAGAUCACUAGGAAAGCUCCUGUUGCUUGGGACAAGAUGUGUGAACCCAAGAAUUCAAGAGGUUUGAAUAUCACUGCACUUAAGGAAUGGAAUGUGGCUACUAUGGGCAAGUUAACAUGGAACAUUCAGGCAAAGGCAGACAAGCUAUGGCACAAGAAACUAUUGACCAUCUGUACUUUGGCUGCCACUGGACUAGUAUGGUUUGGCUGGGUAUUCUACAAUGGUUAG